AUGGAGCUUCAUAGAAACCUUUACCAGAUUUCUGUCCAGAUUUUUGUCAUCACUUCCAUCUUUCUGCAACUUACUACCACCACCACUGCAUUAGGCAACGACACUGAUCGAACGGCUUUGCUCAAGUUUAAAGAAUCUAUUACACAUGACCCACAUGGAGUCUUGAGCUCCUGGAACGACUCUAUUCACUUCUGCAACUGGCCUGGAGUUACAUGCAGCCACCGUCAUGAAAGAGUCACGACCUUGAAUCUACUUGGCUAUGAUUUGAAGGGAUUAAUAUCACCUUUCAUUGCCAACCUCACCUUUCUAAGGUUCAUCAACUUUCGAAACAACAGCUUCUUUGGCGAACUCCCACAAGAAGUUGGCCAUUUACAUCGACUUCAGCAUCUAAAUCUCACCAAUAACAUGUUGGGAGGCAAAAUUCCAGUCAGCUUGAUUAAUUGCUCUGAACUGAGAAUGAUCGAUCUCACCAACAACAGAUUCAUUGGCAAUAUUCCACCCGAGCUUGGCUCUUUGAUAAACCUUGAAGUCUUUCAGGUUAGUAAGAACAAUUUGACAGGAGGCAUCCCAACUUCAUUUGGAAAUCUUUCAUCAACGUCCUUCAAAUUUUUCUUUGCUGCAUACAAUCAUUUGGUGGGAAAUAUUCCAGAUGAGAUAGGCCGUUUGACAAAUUUACACGCUUUUGCAGCUCAAGAAAAUAGUCUCUCUGGUUUGAUCCCUCCUUCCUUUUACAACCUGUCAUCUAUCAGCAUCAUCUCACUUACAGAUAAUCGCCUGCUUAAUGGAAGUCUUCCUGAAAACAUAGGCUUCAGUUUCCCAAAUCUCCAACUGUUAGCAAUUGGUGCUUUGAACAACUUUGUGGGGCAAAUUCCUACCAAUCUAGGAAAUCUACAAGAUAUCCGGUGGCUAAAUUUCGGUGGAAAUUAUUUUGGAAGCAACUCAUCUGAUGAUUGGGGUUUCUUGACAUCUUUAACAAACUGCAGCACACUACGAACUCUGAUCCUCUCUUUAAACAAUUUUGGAGGGGUUUUACCUGACACUAUAGGCAAUUUGUCAACCCAGCUCAAUGGUCUUUAUCUUGAAGCCAAUAAUGUACAAGGAACCAUACCUGCAUCCCUGGGAAAUCUUUUGAACUUAGAUCUCUUGCUUAUGGAUGGAAACCUUCUUACAGGUAGUAUUCCAAAAAGCUUAGGAAAGUUAACAAAGUUGCAAAAAUUGACUUUGAAUCAGAACAGAUUGUCAGGAGAGAUCCCAUCCUCUUUGGGUAACCUUACGCGGUUGUUUCGUCUCUACUUAUCAGACAACAAAUUAGAAGGAAGCAUUCCUCCAAUUAUUGGAAACUGCCAAAAUUUGCUGGAGCUAGAUAUAUCAAACAAUAAGCUCGGUGGGACAAUUCCCUUUCAGGUUUUUGGUGUUCCUUCCCUAUCAAUUCUACUCAAUCUUUCGCAUAACGGUUUAACUGGCAGUCUACCGGUUGAAGUGGGUAAUCUGAAUAAGCUUAGUGCACUUGAUUUAUCUGCAAACAAUCUAUCAGGUGAAAUUCCUAAUACCAUUGGAGAAUGCUCAAGUUUGGAAAUACUUUCUUUGCAGAAGAAUUUCUUUCAUGGAAAGAUUCCUCAACCUAUUUCUUCAGUGAAAGGUCUUGUCCACUUAGAUCUUUCACAAAAUAACUUGUCAGGUCAAAUUCCAGGAGAGUUACAGAACCUUCAUGCCUUACCCUAUCUGAAUGUUUCUUGUAAUAAUCUAGAGGGUGAGGUACCCACAAAAGGAGUCUUUCAAAAUGCUAGUGCAGUACAUUUGACUGGCAAUGGUAAACUCUGUGGGGCUGCCCCAAUUUUGAAACUGCCAGCGUGCUCAAUGAAAGGAUCAAAAAGAGGGAAGUUCAGACUUUUGAAAACCAUCAUUGUUAUUUGCGCAGUCCUAGUUUUGGUUCUUUUGUUUUCCUUCUCUUUAGCACAAUACCGGAGGAGAAAACCAAGAAAAAAGUCAUCUUCAAAAUUGUCAAGCAUAGAAUUCCUUUCAAAGGUGUCAUAUAGGGAUCUAUUUGAUGCAACUUGUGGAUUCUCUCCAAAUAAUUUAAUUGGAUCUGGUGGUUUUGGCUCUGUGUAUAAAGCAACUGUUGAUGAGGAAGAGAAGAAUAUUUUUGCUGUGAAGGUCCUUAAACUUGAAAAGAAAGGAGCUUCAAAGAGCUUUAUGGCCGAAUGCAAAGCAUUAAAAAAUAUCAGGCAUCGGAAUCUUGUUAAGAUCCUCACAGCGUGCUCUAGUGUGGAUUACAACGGUAAUGAUUUCAAAGCUCUAGUGUUCGAAUUCAUGGAAAAUGGGAGCUUGGAGGACUGGUUGCACAGAAACAAAGAGAACGAAACUAGGUGGAAUCUAAACCUUCUUCAAAGACUAAACAUCAUAAUAGAUCUUGCUUCUGCACUGCAUUAUCUUCAUGACCAAUGUGAACAACCAAUCAUUCAUUGUGAUCUGAAGCCAAGCAAUGUUCUUCUUGACAAAGAAUUGGUUGCACAUUUAAGUGAUUUUGGUUUAGCAAGACUGCUCUCAAAUACAGAAGGACGUUCUAGGCAAAGUCAAACCAGCACAGUAGGAAUAGAAGGAUCUAUUGGCUACACUGCUCCAGGUAACAGUAUUCUAUAA